AUGAUUAAACUACAUUACUUCAACAUCUAUGGUAGAAUUGAACCAAUUAGAAUGCUACUUAAUCAUGCCAAAGUUCCUUACACUGAAAACCUGAUCUCGUAUCAGGACUGGCCCAAGUUCAAGACCUCAGGAAUAUGUGAGUUUGAACAAAUUCCAGUUGUUGAGAUCGGUGACAAGAAAUUGUCUUAGAGCAAGGCCAUUUUGCGCUACCUAGGCAAGCUUCAUGGAUAUUACCCAGCUGAUCCCUAUCAUGCUUAUCUAGCUGACUCAUAUAUGGAUUCAUUCGAUGACAUUUCGCCUGCCUUUUUCCAAGCAAGAAGCGAGAAGGAUGCUGAGAAAUAAAAGGUGCUGUACGACAAGUUAUUCAAUCAAACAUAUCCAAAAUGGUGUUAAGCAAUUGAAAAUAGAAUAUAGUAGAAUGUGACUAGAAAGUUUUUAGUAGGCGAGAAGUUGAGUAUAGCUGACUUCUCAUUUGCUGGAAGACAUUUUGGAUUGGUAAAGAAUCCAUUGAGUCCAAUCUAGAAUGAUUUGUAGGCAUAGUUCAGCAAAUUCAAGGGAUUAAGUGAAUAUGCAGACAAUCUAGAAGCAAUUUUCAAAGACUACCUCGAAGCAAGACCCAAAUGUCAAUAUUGA